AUGGCCUCCAAUAUCCGCUGCAAAAUGUCUCCAUCCGCAACCCUCUACAUAAAUGACAUCAAUAUAUCAGCCUGCACGCGCUUCCAAUCCGAAUACGCAUCCUACGGGCCCAUAGAGAUCGUUUCGAGCGCACGAGAAGCCGCCGAAAACGCCGCUACCCUCUUAUCCAUUGUCCCAGCCGCGGUAGAUGUAAGGAAAGUCUAUCUAGACGAGGAGACGGGCGUCAUUGCCGCGCGGAACAACAGCGACAGAUUACUUCUCGAAUGCAGCACCAUCGACGUGCAAACCACAAAGGAAAUCGGGACCGCACUCGCAGCCGCACAAAAAGGUACAUAUAUUGAUGCACCUGUCUCCGGUGGCGUCCCCGCCGCGCAAGCCGGCACUCUCGCCACAUUAAUCGGACACCCAGCACCGUCCUCCUCGUCCUCGCCAGCAAGCCCCCUAUCCACCCGUCUCUCCCACACACUCUCCAUGCUAGGCCCAGACUCAAAACGCUUCUACCUAUCGAGCCUGGGCGCGGGCCUCACCGCGAAAAUCGCAAACAACUACCUCUCCGGCACGAUUCUGCUUGCCACCGCCGAAGCCCUCGCCCUCGGCGUAGGCCACGGCCUCGACCCAAAGGAUCUCUACGCCGUCAUAAGAUCUAGCACGGGGCAGUCAUGGAUGUGCGACCAUGUAAUGCCCAUCCCCAAUGUGCAGACGGAAUACUGGGUUCCGAGUAACAGUGGGUAUAAGCCUGGCUUCAAGACGCAGAUGAUGAUCAAGGAUCUAGGCCUGGGCGUUGAGAGUGCAAGGCAGGUGGGUGUAAAGUGCAGUAUGGCGGAGAGAGCGGUGCAGGUGUGGGAAGAGGCGGCGGGCGAUGAGCGUUGUAGGGAUCGCGAUGGGAGUAGCAUUUAUUUGCAUGUUGGGGGCACACUGCCCGAGGGUCAUGAAGAUAAGGGGAAGAAGAGUGAGAAUGGGUCGUGGGAAUUUGUGGAUUAA